AUGCUCAGAAUGUCAAAAUGCCAUAAAUCGGAGAUCAAAAUGGGUUUCGAUUUUAAAAAGUGUUAAAAUUGUGUUGAGCCCCGAAGAGUGUUGGACAACACUCGGCGGUUACAGCUGAUCGGUCCGAGAAAUGUCGUUACUGUGCAGGUUGCUUCCAAGGUUUAAUUCAAGAGGACAGCUCAAGCCAGCACUGCUCCAGCCCAAGCCGAAGGACCGCGGUAUUUGGGGCUAUGUGGCCAUCGCCUUCAACCAGGUAGAUGCGGAGCGGUUGGGCAAGGUGGGUCCCAACCGGCUGUGUGCAGAAUGGAUUAUAAAGAACGGAGGCGGAGUUCGCUUCGUGGGCAGUCCCAACAGGCUGUGGAAGGACUACAACUCGCUGCCGGGAGAGAACACCCCGUUCGAGAUCAAAGUGGUGGAUGCCUCGAAUGCCUCCAUCAUGAAAAUCGGGUUGGAGCACCUCAAGAACUGCAAGUGCAUCGACACCGUCAUCUUCCACAACUGCAAGCACCUGGAGAACGACGGGCUGGAGGGACUGCACCACAUCAGCAGCUCCCUGGUCCGACUCCAGGUGUCCGGCUGCUACAACAUCACAGAUUCUGGACUGGCUGUGAUUGCGCAGCUAAAGAACUUACGGCAGCUCAUUAUCUUCGACAUGAUGUUUGUCGACAAUAUGGAGGCAGUUUCCGCCAAUCUCAAGAAACAUCUUCCCAGUUGCGAUAUCAAGGCAACGAAACACAGCGUUACCCUGAAGCAGGAUAAGUAGCUCUCUGUUUUGAUGCCGAUUUGUAAAUACAAUCUUUCCAAAAUUGAGAAAAGAGCAACCUAAUGGCAACUGGACUUGUGUAACUUAUAUUUAUUAUUGUUUUAAAGCUAAUAAAGAGUACGAUGGCAGUAAAAAUGAGUGUUCUUACGAGAAAAUAAUAAAUAGAACUAUUUUAAAUCCCA